AUGUGGCUCAAUAGUCGCGAUCUCUCUCGAGACGACGACGGCAGCUCUACACGCAAUGACGGUGUGUGGAGUUUUGCCGACUCGAGUGUCAGUAGUGCGUCGUCGCACGGGUCUAUUGGUGCCUCUGGCUCCUCCCGCGCGCUCUGGAAUCGCAUGGAAAUGGCUGAAGAAGAGCGGGAGGAAGAAGCCUUACCGUCAUACUUGUCGUACUUGCAGCCGGCGUUCCGUCCAGCGCCUCGAGCGUCCACGACCGACUCAUUGACAUCUCAGCGGACGACGGCGUCCGUGCUUGCGACGCCGUCUUCACCUGUUCAACAGCAAGUUGAAGCGCCUUUGAACGUUCAGCACGUGACCCGCAAAAGUGCCGAGCUAGCACAGGCUCUCGAGCAUCUUGUACUGGGCUCGGUCCACCGCUAUAUUGGUGAGGCGGCCGUGUCAGACACAACCGGAAGGUGCUCGUGUGACGAGUUACGGCUUCAGAUGCACGAGGUGGUGUCCCAGGUGACCAGGUUGCAACAGCAUGUACUGGAGCUUACGAAGAAGAGCAGUCGGAUUGAGACGGACGGCAGUCGAGGGACUGGAGCAAGCAGCUCAACCUCAUCUUGGAGUGCAGCGGCACCGCCGUUUGUGCCGAAACAGCAGCUGUGCAAGCCGUUGACACCGUCGGUACCGGUGGUGGCGCUCGUUUCGUCGACUGCUACGGUCUUGAGUGACCGCAUCUCGACGUUAGAAGGACGACAGAGUGCGUUCCAGUCACAGUUGGCUACAGUUGCUAAGGUGCUGGGCAUUCCCACGGGUAAAGCAGGCAAACACAGUCCAGUGAAGCAUUUGGUGCAGACUGUGCGUGAUGAAGUUGAUGCAAAAGUGCAGGAGGUCAUUGGGGAGGCUCGAACGGGUCUAAUGGCGGAGCUCAAGACUUCGUUGGUAGAUUGUAAAGUGGAACAUACAGGCAAGGAGGAUCCACAAGCAGCUUUGUCAUCAAAUGCAGUUCUCGCAGCGUUAGCAGGCGAGCACGAAGCGUCUUUGGCGCGACUAAGUCGAUCAUUUGAGGAGUUGCUGGCAGACGAAGCUCGACAGCGAGCAGCACUCGAAGAUCGGGUUCGGUCUCAAUUGGCACAGCAAGAAGAGUGGUUACAGCAGCUGGAAGGUGCGUUUGGGUCUCGUCACGACCCGAAUUACACUCAGGAUGUCCACAGAAAAGACUCGGAUGAUCUACACAGCAAGCUUAAAAGGCUAGAACGGAGAUGCGAAGAGAGCCUGGACUUUUGCCAGCGUGUGGCUCAACUGCUUCCGGACGUCGCAAAGUCGAGUCUCCUCCCCUGUCGACCCGCGGAAGAAGCAAAUGGACUGAGCUGGCCAGAUCGCAUGGUAGGCAAAGGAUAG